UCGACGCCGACAAGUGCCUGGGCCCAGCCGCGGCCCCGCCGAGCCCCCCCACCCGCGACCCGCCGGAAACUUUCUCGGGGAAGAGCGUCCCCGCCUCCUCACGCCCUCCCCGCGGCCCUUCAUGCCGCCACCGAGGGAGCCCCAGCGCGUCCCAGCGCCGCGGCGGCUCCGCGCCGCCCCGCGGUGAGGCUCGGGCGGCCCGAGCCCGCAGGGGUGCUGGUGCCAGAAGAAAAGGAUGCUUGAUGGGAAACAGACACCAGCCUAUAGACACUCAACCUCUUCCUUGGGAUACUGAUUUAUCAGUGUGUCCAGGCAUCCCCUGCGAGCCCUGAACACGGAGGAUCACUCAGGGUUAUCGACAGUGUAGCUGAAGACCUGCAACUUCACAAAUUAUUAUCUGCUGUUGGACAUCUUGUACAAGAAGCCCUGACAGAUAAGUUGUAAGACGAAGGAUAAGCGCUGCAUGGCUGUGAAAGGCUGUCAUCAGGGCCUGGGUGGCUUCUACCAAAGUCUUUAACAUAGUGAAACAAACAUCCUAUCCUAACGCUUCACGUUUGAGUUGGAACUAUUUUAUAAAUAUAUACAUUCUCUGUAAAUAUAAUCUCUAGACUGCACAUACGCCAGCACUGAGCAUCCUUACGAAGCUGACACAAAAGGAUUUAGAAAUGUAUUUGUCAAGAUUCCUGUCACUUCAUACCCUCUGGGUUACUGUAUCCUCCGUGAUGCAGCACUACCCGUCUGUGUGGGGACACUAUGACGUGUGUAAAACUCAGAUUUACACGGAAGAAGGAAAAGUAUGGGAUUACAUGGCCUGCCAGCCAGAAGCCAGAGACAUGAUCAAAUAUGUAAAAGUGACUCUGGAUCCCCCAGACAUAACAUGUGGAGAUCCUCCUGAGACUUUCUGUGCAAUGGGGAAUCCCUACAUGUGCAAUAAUGAAUGUGAUGCAAGUACCCAAGAACUGGCUCAUCCUCCAGAACUGAUGUUUGAUCUGGAAGGAAGACAUCCCUCCACAUUUUGGCAGUCCACAACUUGGAAGGACUAUCCGAAGCCUCUUCAUGUUAAUAUUACACUCUCCUGGAACAAAACCAUUGAGCUUACAGAUAACAUAGUUAUCACCUUUGAAUCUGGCCGUCCAGACCAAAUGAUCCUGGAGAAAUCACUCGACUAUGGACGAACGUGGCAGCCCUACCAAUACUAUGCCACAGACUGCUUAGAUGCUUUUCACAUGGAUCCAAAAUCAGUGAGGGAUUUAUCACAGCACACAGUCCUAGAAAUCAUUUGCACAGAGGAAUACUCUACCGGGUACAUGACAAAUAGUAAAAUAAUCCACUUUGAAAUUAAAGAUAGAUUUGCUUUUUUUGCUGGACCUCGGCUUCAUAACAUGGCUUCUCUUUAUGGCCAGCUUGACACUACCAAGAAGUUAAGAGAUUUCUUUACCAUCACAGACCUGAGGAUAAGACUGCUUAGGCCAGCAACUGGUGAAAUAUAUGUAGAUGAGCAACACCUGGCACGCUACUUUUAUGCAAUUUCAGACAUAAGGGUAUACGGAAGGUGUAAGUGCAACCUUCAUGCUACUGGCUGUAAAGAAGAAAACAAAAGACUACUUUGUGAAUGUGAGCAUAACACAACGGGCCCAGACUGUGGAAAAUGCAAGAAGAAUUAUCAGGGCCGACCAUGGAGCCCUGGUUCUUAUCUGCCUAUACCUAAGGGCACUGCUAAUAUCUGUAUACCCAGUAUUUCCAGUAUUGGUAAUCCUCCAAAGUUUGAUAGGAUAUGGCCGAAUAUUUCUUCCCUUGAGGUUUCUAAACCAAACCAAGUUGCUCCCAAAUUAGCUAUGUCAACUGUUUCUUCUGUUCAAGUUGCAAACCACAAGAGAGACUGUGAAUGCUUCGGGCACUCCAACCGGUGCAGUUACAUCGAGCUGCUCAAUACGGUCAUUUGCGUGAGCUGUAAGCACAACACUAGAGGUCAGCACUGCGAGUUAUGCAGGCUGGGCUACUUCAGAAAUGCUUCUGCAGAGCUGGACGAUGAAAAUGUGUGCAUAGACUGUUAUUGUAACCCUUUUGGUUCAGUCCAUGAUCGCUGUAAUGACAGAGGAUUUUGUGAGUGUAAGGAGGGAACUUCAGGGCCUAAAUGUGAUAAAUGUCUGCCGGGAUAUAUCUGGCACAGCUUGGGCUGUCAACCGAACGUGUGUGACAACGAACUCCUGCACUGCCAGAACGGGGGAACGUGCAUCAACAACGUGCGGUGCCAGUGCCCGCCGGCCUACACGGGCAUCCUGUGCGAGAAGCUGCGCUGCGAGCGGGAGCCGGGCGGCUGCGGCCGCAGCUCGGCGCGGGGCCGGGCGGCGCCGGGGCCCGGCCUGCUGCUGCUGCCG